AUGAAGUUGAUCAAUAUUCUGUUUUUCGUUUCAUUCCUCUUUGCCACCAACUACUUCACAAAAUCAAAACUAUGUGAAGCAUCCGAAUCCACUCCAAUUGCGGUGCGUGAUUCUAGUGGAAAAAUAUUACGAACUGGGACUAAUUAUUAUGUCCAACCAAUAUCCCCAGACGAGGCCUGGGGAUUUGAAUUAGCCAGUAUUAACAAUCAUCACAAACCGUGCCCACUAGGCAUAGUUCAAGAAGACUAUUACCCGGGCACCCCACUGUUAUUUUCAUCGGCGAAUUCUAAGAAAGGCAUUAUUCGCCUGUCCACCGACUUGAACAUUGACUACAACUUGUCGUACACGGUGUGUACUAAGUCCAAUGAUGCCAUAUGGACCGUUGGUUCUUAUGAUCGACGGGCCCAAAGCUACUUUUUAAUACUAGGUGGAGUAAAAGGAAAUCCUGGUCAUGAAACCAUAAGAAAUUGGUUUAAGAUUGAGGAGUUUGGUGAUAAUUACAAGAUUACGUAUUGCCCAUCGGUGUGUAAGGAUUGCAAGAUAAUGUGCAAGGAUGUUGGCAUAAUUGAAUAUAAUGGGCAGAAACGUUUGGGUCUAAGUGAUUUUCCGGUUGAGGUGAAGUUUGAAAAGGAUGCAUGA